AUGAAUAAACAACAAGCUGUUGUGAAUUUUAAUAAUAUUUUGAUGUCUUUACUUGAAGAAGAGAAAGACGAAGACAAUAUGUUAGAAUUUUUAACGAUGAAGAAGAAAAGAAAAUCCACAAAACCUAUGUUUUUAGUGAGGGAACAGGAAAGAUUUUACGAAAAACUUAUUAAAGGGCACUUAUUGAACGACGAAAAAUUAUUUCGAGAGUUUUUUAGAUUAAAUUUAAAACAGUUCAAUUUUGUUUUGUCACUAGUGAAAAAUKAUAUCUCUUCUGAGYYAUACAAUCGAGUACAACAACCGAUUACACCUGAAGAAAAAUUAGCAUUAACGUUGAGGUACCCAAUCAAAGCGGGUUUCACGAGCCCCCGAGUUUCACGCCAGCGAAUUUCCGAUAGAGCUAAUAAACUGCAUAAUUAUCUAAUAUCUAUACACAACUACCAUUAUCAUGGAAAAGUGAUGACUAACAUCACAUUUGUUAUUUGUCCCGAAAUGCGACGGGCACUUAUAAUAUUGCUUCUAUCAAUUGUUUUUGCUGUUGCUGAAUCACCAUAUGGUGGUGGAAGUAGCAACAGCAAUGGAAAUGGUAGAAAUGGAGGAUAUGGAGGCAAAGGACAAUACGGUGGAGGAACUGGUAGUGGAGUAGGAUCAUCAUCAGCCAGCCCGUUUUUUAGUGGUGCCAAUCAAUAUGGAUCUCAAUCCGGUUUAUCUGGAGCAGCCAACAACCGUUAUUCUUCAUUUGGAUCUAAAUUUGGAGGUAACAAAGGAAGCUAUAGUGGAUCUAGUUCUCGUAACAAUGGUCGAUACGGUAGUGGAUCGACAAGUGGUUAUGGAAGUGGUUCUUCAGGUAGUCUAGGUGGUACUGGAAGAUCAACUGGAGGUUAUGGAGGUGGAUCUUCGGGAAGUUAUUCGGGUGGUUCACCAAGUAGUUACGGAAGUGGUUCAUCGGGUAGCUUAGGUAGUCCUAUUGGAUCAACUGGAACUUAUGGAACCGGCUCUUCAGGAGGUUUUGGYAGUGGAUCAUCCGGAAGCUAUGGAGGAGGAUCUUUAGGAAGCUCCGGUAGUGGAUCAUCAGGAAGCUAUGGAGGAGGAUCGUCAGGAAGCUUCGGCAGUGGAUCAUCUGGAAGCUAUGGAGGAUCGUCAGGAGGCUUCGGCAGUGGAUCAUCUGGAAGCUAUGGAAGUGGGUCCUCUGGAAGUUAUGGAGGAGGUUCUUCGGGUGGCCUUGGUAGUGGAUCAUCAGGAAGCUAUGGAGGAGGAUCAUCAGGAGGCUUCGGCAGUGGAUCAUCAGGAAACUACGGUGGAGGAUCGUCAGGAGGCUUCGGCAGUGGAUCAUCGGGAAGUUAUGGAAGUGGAUCCUCUGGAAGUUAUGGAAGUGGUGGAGGAGGCCUUGGUGGAGCAUCUUCAGGAAAUAAUGAUGGUUAUGGAGCUGGAGGUUCUGGAUCGUAUGACCAACUUGGAGGAGCAAAUGGUAAUGGACUUGGUGGAUCAGGAAACGAUCCUCUUUCGGAACCAGCAAAUUAUGAAUUUUCCUAUGAAGUGAAUGCGCCAGAAUCCGGUGCUAUUUUUGGUCAUAAAGAAAGUCGCCAAGGUGAAGAAGCUACUGGAGUGUAUCAUGUACUACUACCUGAUGGUCGAACACAAAUUGUUGAAUACGAAGCUGAUGAAGAUGGAUACAAGCCUAAAAUUACAUAUACUGACCCAGUAGGAGGAUAUGCUGGUGAUCGUCAAUCUGGAAAUGGCUAUGGUGGAAAUGGGGGCUUUGGUGGUUCAGGAAGUUUAGGGGGAAGUGGUAGUAAUCUAGGAGGUCUUUACAAUAAUUUUAAUGGUGGUGGAUCUAAUAACAAUGGUGCUGCGUAUGGUAGUUCAAGUGGUAGUAUCGGUAGCAAAUAUGGUGGAUCAGGCAGUUCCAGUGGAAGUGGUUUAGGAGGUGGAUAUGGUGGUUCCGGUGGAUCAAGUGGUGGCUUAGGAAGUAGCUAUGGAGGAUCGGGAAGUUCAAACGGUGGUCUAGGAGGUGGAUAUGGUGGUUCCGGUGGAUCAAGUGGUGGCCUAGGAAGUAGCUAUGGAGGAUCGGGAAGCUCAAAUGGUGGUUUAGGAGGUGGAUAUGGUGGUUCAAGUAGUUCAAAUGGUGGUCUAGGAGGUGGAUAUGGAGGAUCUGGUAGUUCAAGUGGUGGUUUAAGUAGUGGUAUAGGUGGAUCUUAUGGUAGUAAUCGUAAUGGUUUAGGAAGUGGGUCAUCUUAUUAAUACUUUAUUUAUUGCUCAAAAAUAUAUGAUCAUCUUGUUAGAAAAUCUAAACUAAACGUAUUUACUUAAGAAAUAAGUAAAUAUAACUAUACCAUUUUUUAGUUUUAUUACUAUUCUAUUUAUAGUGUUAUAAACAUUUGUGCUUAUAUUUAAAGAUUUUAUGUGUGUUUUGCACAGUUUUUAUUCUUUGGUUACUUUAUACUUAUUUCUGUAAUCUAUUGAGUUACUCAUAUUUGUAUGUGAAAAUCACAUUUCUUUUUUUAUUGGUGUAAUGUACAAUUUGCUUUUAUUUUUAUCGAUGACA